UGUGAUGACGUUAUAGCCACUUCACGACCAGCCCAAACUACCACCUCUGUUUAUGCCUCUGGACUCCCCGGAGCAACUAAUCCUAGGACUUGAGCUGCAUUCUGAGGUCAAAUCGCAAUCUGCGUCAAUCAGGCAAGAUGAUUGGCAGUUUCUUCUUCAUUUGCAACCGCAUUCUGGAGCUUAUCUUCCUGAUCCCGAUCAUUGGAAUGAUGGCCUAUUUCGUCAAUGGCUACCUCAAUGCGAACCAGAUUACCCCUGCCUACAUCCUUGUUCUGUUCAUCGUUAGCGUAAUUGCAGCCUUCUGGUGCAUCGACACCCUGAUUCGCUUUUCGACCACCAAGCGCUCUGCCAUGUUCGUCGCUUUCGUUGAUCUACUCUUCUUCGGUGCCUUUAUCGCGGGUGUCUACGAGCUGCGCUUCAUUGCUGGAGCCACCUGCUCCCAUUGGGAUGGAGGUUCAGUGUACAUCUCACUUGGCCCCUUCGGAUACUAUGGCUACCGAUCCGGCAAUCCUCUGUCCUUCCAUAUCAACAAGACCUGUGCGAUGCUGAAGGCCUGCUUUGCAUUGGGGAUCAUCGAAGUCGUGUUCUUUUUCUGGACUGCCAUUUUAGCACUCGCCAUCUACCGGCGACCGGAGGUUGUUGUCAAGGAGACCACUGUCCGUCGGAGAAGUCACAGCAGUCGACGGGGCCACCGGCGCCACAGCAGCUCGGGUCGGCGGCAGCAGCACGUGGUGUAGAGGGAUGGCUUUUACGACUCAAUGGAUAUGAUGGAAUGAUAUUGAUUAAUGAUUGAACGGAUAAUAUGCAACGAGGAAAGAAAAGAAAAGAGAAUUGAUUCAAUGAGAUGAACGAAAGAACGGACACUGACCG